AGGUAUCUCCUCAAAGCGCGACGCGUUGUCUAUCGUCAGGACUGAAGUGAAUUAUUCUCCAGGCAUACGGACUAGCUGCGCAAUACAUAUAAGGCCGCAGAGCAUUUCUUGCCAUCCAGAGUUCUUCACUUCUCUUGGUUGUUCCGUGUGAUUAAGCCAGUCAUGUUCAUUGGGAUUUGCGGAGGGAUAUGCGCUGGCAAAGAUACAAUAGCCAAAUACUUAGUCCGAGAACACGGCUUUACACGUCUCUAUCUCUCGAGGAACGCACCAACACCCCCAGUAGAACGAUCAGCGUCAGAUGCUCACGUGCCAGCUCCUGACGAAACUACAUCUUCCAAGUCCAAGUUUCACACUGCCGACGACCUCCUUGCUCAUGUGACGGCAAGUUGGCAACAGCGCUGGGUGACAACAGACAUAUGGGAUGAGUCAGUACUCGACGUUUACGACCGCCGCCCAGCAUUCAUCCUGCUCAGCGUUGACGCACCCAUCACAACUCGCUGGGAACGUUUCCGCGUCCGCUGCGAGAGACACUCGCUUACGCCGCCUGAUUUGACAGAAUUUGUACUAAGGAACGAUGUGCAUAUAUAUAGUCAUGAGGCUGGUCUUGCAUAUCUUCUAAACCGCGCCAGUAUUCGUCUUCUUAAUACUAGCACUUCACUCGAGGCGCUAUAUUCUAGUCUCGACGAUUUAGAUUUGACCAACGAGGAGCGAUUAAGGCCUAGCUGGGACGUCUAUUUUAUGCAAUUAUCGGAUCUUGCGGCGCAGAGAAGUAAUUGCAUGAAAAGGAGAGUGGGCGCCGUGCUGGUCGGUAAAGAGCGGCGAGUCAUCAGUACGGGGUACAAUGGCACGCCCAGGGGCAUGAAGAACUGUAACCACGGUGGAUGCCCUCGCUGUAACACGGCCGCUAGAGCCGGAGCUGGCCUUGACACUUGUCUAUGUUUACACGCCGAGGAAAAUGCGCUACUGGAAGCCGGUAGAGAGCGUAUCAGAGAUGGUUCUAUCUUGUACUGUAAUACUUGCCCGUGCCUGACGUGUUCGGUGAAGAUCGCGCAGGUGGGUAUCAGCGAGGUCAUAUACAGUCAGCAGUACAGUUUGGAUCGGUCUGCGGAGCGAAUACUGGGGGAAGCAGGAGUGAAGCUAAGGCAAUUUUCACCGCCGAAGGAGGGCCUGGUAGAUCUGGCGGUUGCGACAAAGAGUAAAGCUCAGACGAACGGGCACGUUGACCAGCUAGAGAAAUUCACGUUAUAGAUCCUAUGAGAUACCCUACUUUACGC